AUGAAGAUUCUUAGCUACCUCCUGGUUUACCGAAGGUUCCUGCUCAUUGUCCUCACCCCACUGCUUUUACUUCCACUUCCACUUAUCAUCAAAACCAAAGAAGCAGAAUGUGCAUACACAUUGUUUGUAAUUGCCAUCUUUUGGCUCACAGAAGCUUUGCCACUGGCUGUUUCAGCUUUGCUCCCUGCCUUUAUGUUCCCCUUGUUUGGUAUAAUGGGAUCCAAGCAGGUAGCAUCUGCUUAUUUUAAAGACUUUCAUCUGCUGCUUAUGGGAGUAAUUUGUUUGGCAACAUCAAUAGAAAAAUGGAAUCUGCACAGAAGAGUGGCUUUAAAAAUGGUGAUGCUGGUGGGUGUCAACCCUGCAUGGCUUAUGCUGGGUUUCAUGGUUAGCUGUGCUUUCUUGUCAAUGUGGCUCAGCAACACCUCUGCUGCUGCCAUGGUGAUGCCAAUUGUAGAAGCUGUAGCUCAGCAGAUCAUCAAAGCUGAAGCGGAAGCUGAUGAGCUGGAGAUGUGCUGCUCCAAUGGCUCCACCAACCCAGCACUGGAGCUGGACGAAAAUAUAGGAGAAUAUGAAAACCCAGAAUGGAAAGAGAAAGAAAAACAAGUUAAUGGAUAUAACAACAAUAUGGGUAGUACUGUAUGUACAGUUGAAAAGGAAAAUGAAAAAGGAAAUGAACAGCAGAACCUACCACCUGCUGAAGCAGACAGAAAAAGCAGAAAGGACAAAUACAGUGGGAUUUUCAAAGUGAUGUGCUUAUGUGUGGCUUAUUCUGCUACCAUUGGAGGAUUGACUACAAUCACAGGAACAUCGACUAAUCUGAUUUUUACUGAGCACUUCAAUUCACGUUACCCAGGUUGUCAGUGCAUCAAUUUUGGAUCCUGGUUUAUCCUUUCCAUCCCCAUCGCAGUUAUUAUUCUGCUGCUCUCCUGGGUCUGGCUCCAGUGGCUUUUCCUUGGGUUUGAUUUUAAAAACAUGUUCAAGUGUGGCAAGAAGAAAACAGCUAGAGAAGAGGCUUCAUCACAGGUGAUUCAGGAGGAGUACAAGAAACUUGGACCAAUUAGCUACCCAGAAACUGUUACACUUGUCCUGUUCAUUCUAAUGACCCUCCUGUGGUUCACCAGAGAUCCUGGCUUCAUCCCAGGAUGGUCUUCACUUUUCCCAAAGUAUAAAAGCUACAUUACGGAUUCAACAGCUGCCUUAGUAAUAGGCCUCCUGUUCUUUAUUAUUCCAGCCAAAAUAUUGCCUAGGACAUCAAAUGGAGAAAACACUGUCUUUGCUUACACUCCACUGAUUACUUGGAAGGAAUUUCAGUCAUGCAUGCCCUGGGAAAUAGCUAUUCUUGUUGGUGGCGGGUUUGCACUGGCAGACGGCUGCGAGGUUUCAAAACUUUCUGAGUGGGUAGCAAGUAAAUUGACCCCUCUAGGAUCACUACCCUUGUGGCUGAUUAUCCUCAUAUCCUGCCUUAUUGUCACUUCAGUAACAGAAGUAGCCAGCAACCCAGCUACCAUUACGAUCUUUCUGCCCAUACUAUCUCCUUUGGCUGAAGCCAUUCACGUGAACCCACUUUUCAUUUUGAUACCUGCUACCUUGUGUACUUCCUUUGCAUUCCUGCUUCCUGUAGCAAACCCAGCCAAUGCCAUUGUGUUUUCAUAUGGUCAUUUAACUGUUAUGGACAUGGUGAAAGCUGGCUUGGGCAUUAACAUCAUCGGAGUUGCUGUAGUUAUGCUUGCAAUUAUGACAUGGAUAGUGCCUAUAUUUGAUCUCUAUGCUUACCCCAGCUGGGCACCCAGCAUUCCAUCUACAAAUGGCACUGGGCUGUAAAAAAAAAAGGUUUUUUUUUCUCACAUGUGGUCACUUAAAAUGCUUUCGGUCACCACAGUGAUAAGGAUCUACAUUAUUAUAAAUGCUGUAUUUCACAGUCCCAGAGAUGAUCCAGUCUGAGAGUCUAAUCAGGAAGAGUGCUAGACUUUCUAAAGAUCAUAGUUAGAUCAGGUUUCUAUUCUAGUUCAGCUAGUCUGAAUUUUUAUAUCUUCAUGUUAUGAAGGAAAAAAAUAAAUGUGCAUAGCCAUUAUCACUGACAAUUUGCCCCCAUUCUCAGGGUAGCAGAAUAAUGAAAUUUAGAUUUUAUUAUUUCAAAUAUAAAUCCUUGUUAUUAUUAUUUGGGGGUUAUCAGAGAGCAUGUUGGUUUUCUGUUUUCUAGAUUCAAGCUCUGUUUGAAACAGUGUUGAUCACAAACAAAAGAUCAGGGAGGAGACUGUCUUGAACCCGUAGUUUACAGACCCAUCAAAAAUGCACAAAAAAUGGAGAAGAGCGGCAUGACUACUUACACAGCACUUUAUCUAUUAAGCACCUUGUAACCUGGAAGGAGAAUGCAUACUUAAGCAUUGUUUAGACUACAUCCUCCCAGGACCUCAUUAAAAUACAUUGUUGCUCUUGUAAAAAAAAAAAAAAAAAUAUAUAUAUAUAUAUAUAUACUUCUCUAGAUAGAUGUAUAUUGAUAGAUCUGAGUUGAUCUGUACAAAUGGACACUAAAUUAUCAUCAUACCUCUCUGCAAAAAUAGAUAUAUCCCCUUGACGAAUGAAACCCUAAUACAGAGCUGAAGAUUUAGCAGUCAAUCUGUCAAUCAAGUGCAUCUUCACCAGGAAGCUCAUGAUAUCUGCAGGACAGGUGGCAGUUUAAUCUUACCAGACUGUGUUAAUAUUGUAAUGUUCUAAACACAAAACAGUGCAAUGUGGUCAGAAUGUAAGUUGGAGUUCAAAGUUAUCUUCAAAUAAUGAUAUUUUAUUUGGUUGUUACGUGUUUUUCAUGUAAAGACUACAGCCUUUCCUGUUGUGGAUAUCUGUGAUAAUUUGUAAAGAGCGUGUAAUUAGUAGUCUGAAUGAAAGAUGCAUAUAUUUAGAUUGGAUCAUGGCUUGGGACAUCUGUAUGAUAGUAGUAAACAUCAAUCUGUCUUUUAAAGAUAGUGUCCAUGUUUCUUAACAACAACAACCAAAAAUGCUUUUGGUAUUUGGUUAGUGGUUUACAUUUAUUUUUGGUAGUGCGUAUUUAGAGAUGUCAGUCAUGACUUCUGUAAUGCCAGAAUGCAGUGUUUAACACUGUAUAUGUGGUUUGCUUCCUGUGGCUGUUAGUUGCAGGUUCAGCUGUGUUGAAUU